AUGAAAGCUUUACUCGUCGGGCUGAUAUGCGUAGCCGUCGCCAGUGCCGACCUCGCACCUCUACUCACGUCUGACGAUCGUCCUAUACCCAACAGUUGGAUAGUCAAGAUCACGGGUUUUGAAGUAAUGGACCGCGUCGCUCAUGAGAUCGCGAACCGCUUCAGGAGAGUCCGUCUCCCGUCUCCGCGAGUGACCAAGAUCCGUUGCGUCUUGCCGGUUCUCAUUCUGCGAAUACCUGCUCGUUUAAUGAAUGAUAGUGGCUCGACGGGAGGCGGAGUCGUGUCGAUGUCCCUAGGAUGGUCUAGGUCCGAGACUAUCAACACAGCGGUGAGAGAGAUGGUGGCCGCCGGGUUUGUAGUAUCAAUCGCGGCCGGUAAUUCUAACAUCGAUGCCUGCAAAGUCUCGCCUGCAAUGGUGGACGAGGUAAUUACCGUAGGUGCAGUGGACAACAAAGAUAAGUUGGCGCACUUCUCCAACCACGGCUCUUGUCUUGAUAUCUUCGCUCCUGGCGUGGACAUCCUGAGCUCUACCUGCAGUGACUACAGCUUCAGUGCCACCAAGACGAAAUCGGGAACCUCCAUGGCCUGUCCUCACGUGACUGGUGCCGUCGCGCUGUACUUGGGCCAAAACCGUGGCGCCUCCCCUGCAGAUGUCAAGACAGCAUUGCUGAAUGACGCAACCAGUGACGUCAUUCCGGACACCAAAGGCUCUCCUAAUAAACUCCUUUAUGUCAGUUAUCAAUAA